AUGAGCGAAAUUGUUAUCGUUGAGCUCAACCAGCUGGUUACAUCGCUGCAGGAUGACACUUCAGUGAAGGUGGUGGUGUUCAACAGUGGGAACCCGACUUUCUUUUCCGCACAUUUUGACUUGAUUCCAGGAGACCCGAUCCCUUUCUCGGAUUCCAAUCUCGCUCUCUUCGCAAGCAACGUAUUCUUCAACAUCACCGAGCUGCCGCAAGCUACUAUUGCCGUGAUCGAAGGCCCAGCUCGUGGUCUAGCCAACGAGUUCAUUUUCUCAUGUGACAUGCGCUUUGCUUCCAGAAAAGCUGUUUUCGGAAACUUUGCAAUGUCUCUCAGUUCUCAUCCUGGCACGGGAGGGGCACUUUAUAUGCCGCAACUGAUAGGUCGCGGACGAGCGUUCGAGUAUCUCCUUUCGGGAAAGGACAUCGACUAUUACAGAGCCGAAAAGUAUGGCUGGAUUAAUGGGGCGUUCAAGUCUUCGAGCGAACUUGGCAACUUUGUAAGAGAGCUCUCGUCGAGGAUUUCCCUCUUCCCUAGCGAAGCUAUCGCGAGCAUCAAAACGUCCGUAAAUUCGAUUACGAGGCCAACAAGAGAGGAGCUGGCGUUUGAUGCCCAUGAGUACGAGAGGCUUUCAGGGUUUCCUGAAAUGCAACGGCUUGCUAUGGAGUUCACCAAGCUGACACAGAAUGAGACGGACAUAACAGUUGAGUUGAACCUAGGCGAGGAGGUUCUCAAGCUGUAUCAAGGAGAACUGCAAUCUUGA